AUGUUCAGGGCCCUGUCAUUCGUGAUCUUCUUUGCGCCGUAUGCGAUCGGCGACCCAACUGACUGGGUAAACGUGGAUUACGUUGUUGCGAGGAGCAAGUCGACUGGACGCAUCUCUUCUACUGCCGAUGCGGAGGCUACUAUCGUUCGAAAUGCGGAGAGCACUGCAAAAGAGGGUCCCUGGUGUGAGUAUGCCUCUGUUCCCGUUUUAAGAACCGUACUGACGGUCUCAGCUAUCCUGAAUUCCCCUAAUAUUCUUCCUCCAAGCAAAGAUCCUCACGACUAUUUGAGUUGGGCUCCAUAUCAUUGGCCCGAUUGUAACUGGUGCACCCAAGCUGGUCGGACACACCUGGUCCACACCGUCAAUGGGUCGAGCAGUGGGACCGUUGGAAACAGCGAUAACGGUACAGCUGACCUGUAUUGCCCGAAUUCUCUCGAUUACGUGGGUCAACAAGUGCAGUCUAUCUUGGUCAUCCCAGCAAGGCAGAUAUACGAAGCAGACGCUGCUCCAACGUCGAUCUUGAUGCCAGAGUCCUCUCUUACGAGUGGCCUCCCCAAUGAACCGACAGUGCAUCCCCCAGAAAUCCCAACGACAAUACACCCCACAUUACCAACGGCAAAACCAGCAACUUCCUCAACUUCUGACGGCCGGACGCACGGGCCGGCUCAAGCAGCUGCAAGGACAACUCAACAUUCCUGUACCCCAUCUCCUACGAAGUCAUUGGCUCCGACUUGGACAACGUGUCCAUAUGUUACUCGAGACGGUCAAGUGAAUCCCGAUGUCAGAACCCUGCGUGGACCCGGCGCGAUCAACGACGCAGCACAGAGCAUCCUGUCUAACGCUCUGGCCUUCGCCCUGAAAAGAAGUUCGACGUAUUCGCAAAACGUUGCGAAAUUCAUCGACACCUUUUUCUUAUCGACCGCAACAAAGAUGAACCCAAAUGUCAAUUUCGGUCAAAUAGUGCGGGGCCCAGGUGAAGCAGGCCAUACGGGUACGUUUACGGGGAUUCUAGACCUUCGAGGAAUGGUCAAGAUAGCGAACGGGAUCACUGUUCUGAAGGCGCUCGGUAGUUCUGAUUGGACGAAGACCAGGGAUCAGGCGAUGGAGUCUUGGAUCUCCCAGUACAGCGACUGGCUGCUCAACAGUAGCAUCGGGAAAAUGACUGCGUCGCGGCCCAACAACCAUGCAACUUUCUACGUCGCGCAGGUAGCGGCUGUGAAAAUAUUGGCGGGGGAUAAGAAUAAGGCCACUAUGUUGCUGCAGGGGUUUUUCAAGGGCCAGUUCCUUGAUCAAAUCGCUGCCUCGGGGGAGCAGCCAUUUGAAGCAGUAAGAACACGUCCGUGGCACUAUCGAUGCUUCAACCUUGAAGCCCUGAUUACAAACGCGAAGUUGGGCGACCAGCUCGGCAUCGACCUUUGGUCUUCAAAGUCCAAAUACGGAGCGACGAUUCAGAAAGCCCUCGAUUUUCUUCUAACCGUGGACCCGAAGGAUGAGGACGUUGACGAGGUAUUUCCACACGUCGCCGCAAUCGCCGCGGCGUACGGAGAUCCCAAAGGUACCUAUGCGGCUUAUUUGAAGAAAAAGGCCACCAGUUACCAGAGCAAGUCGUAUUGGUUUUAUGACCAGGCAAACGCCCUUCCGCAUUCUCCUGCGUCAAAGAAUCGAGCGAGGUCUGUGAUAUGGAAGAGAGAGGACACCGUGACGGCCGUCAACGCUUCAACACCUAUUACACCAAAGGUGCCCUGGGAAUGCCCAGCGGUUUUCCAGGGUGUGACCAGGGUGGAAAUCGAUAACGGCGUUUAUGUCACUUGCGACCAGUUGCGACCGCUCUACUUACCAGAAGACAACGAGACAAGAGGCGUUGUAGAGUCUCUUGUAGAGCUAGAUUAG